AUGUGGGACGCCGCCCGCACGUGCGCUCACCCACGUCGAUUAGCGGAGCGGCUUUCGACAUCGCCCUGCAACAAUUCCGGUCGCCAACACAUCAGCGCCGACCGCGGUGGCCAGCGGCGGCGUGCCAUGCUGCUCUUCGCGGCGCUGGCGGUGCGGGCGGCGGUGGGCAACGAGCUCGCGGAAGGCGGGGAGGGCGCCCCACGCGACCACGGCAGCUGGACGCCGGUGGAGGAGAAGAUAUUUCAGGCGGCCCUGGCGGUGCACCGAGACCACCCGCGCAAGUGGCAGGAAAUCGCGAGGCUGCUCCCAUUCAAGGAUGCCGCGGCUUGCGAGCUCCACGGCAGAGAGCUCCAGGUGUCACGACGUCGCGAGGGCUCCGCCGGGUAG